AUGCGCGGUGGUGACAGCUUCUUGCCGCCCCGCAGCGUGCUCACAUCGGCGCUGCUUGCUUUCUGCGUGGUUUUCUUCGCCUGCUUCUACCUGCAGCAUCUGAUGGCGUCUAUGUACCUUACCGUGCUCGUCGUGGCCGUCCUCUGCUACGGCGUCCGGCGACUGUCCUUGCCGCGCGUCGACGAUGCCCUCGCCGAACGCGUCAUCCUCGGCGACGCGUCCGGCGCAGUGCCGCUGUUCGCGCACCGCGGCGCGGGCCACGACGCCCCCGAGAACACCCUAGCCGCCUUCCGAGAGGCCAAGCGCAACAACGCGUCUGGCGUCGAAUUCGACAUCUCCUUCACGCACGACAACGUGGCCGUGCUCUUCCACGACGACACGGUAGACCGCACGACGGACGGUUCCGGCGCUCUCGCCGCCAUGCCCUUCGAAGAGGUUCGGCGCCUCGACGCGUCCACCAACCACCCCUUCGCCCACAAGUACCGCGGUGAGAAGGUGCCGACCCUAGACGAAGGCGUCGGCGAAGCGCUCCGGCUCGGGCUGCGCCUCAUCUUCGACGUGAAGGAGCACGACUACCGGGCCGUCACCGUGGUCGACGACCUCUUCCGCAAGCACACGGAGCUCUACGAGCGCGCCCUGGUCGCCUCAUUCUACCCGCAGUUCGUGUACGCGCUGCGGAUCCGCAACCCGGGCAUCGUGACGGCGCUGACCUGGCGGCCGGGCUUCGUGGCCUACGAGGACGUGGAGCGGGUCCGGCCGCGCUUCAAGUCGCCCUGGGCCCACUGGAUGGCGCUGGCUGGAGACUGGAUGCUCGACAGCGCGCUACACAGCUGGCUGCCGCACGUGACCGGCGUGUCGGCGGUGCUCAUCUGCAAAAAUACGCUGAGCAGCGAGUACGUGGACGGCUGGAGGCGGCAGGGCGUGCACGUGAUCGCCUGGACGCCCAACCACCCGGCCGAGAAAGAGUACUUCGCCAAGGUGCUGCGGGUGCCCAUCAUCACGGACACGCUGCGCUGACAGGACCUGACCAAAGGGCGCCUGUCCCCAUGCCUGGAUAUGACGCGUGUGUAACAAAAACCUUUACAAAACAAGAGCAUUUCGUAUCCGCUUUCGAUCCGAUCCCGUGCCUAAUAUUGCAAUGUUCCCAAGCGCCCCGGCCCGCACUCGAGAAAUCAUGGGAACGGUGGUCCUUCAGCCCCUAGUGAUACCUAAUUUUGACCAAAUCCAUGGUUACACAGUUCUUGAGCGUAAUUCGGAGUCGCCCUGAAAAGCACCUGAUAUACCCCAAGGACCUGUCAUAUCACUUUUAAAAUUUCUUGCCAAUGUCAGCAUUUUUUAUGUUGUGCAUGCGAUCCACCUUUCAACCUGGCCUGAGCUGCAGAAAUCUCUUAACAAUAUUAUCAUUCUCGUGAUUGUUGUUUUGGCAGAAAUUGCUUAAAAAGCCGAGAAUUCCCAACAAAAACCAGGAUUUAGCUCGGAGUCAGUGGGGCUGUUUAUAGCAUUUUUUGCGUUUCUAACUUAAUAUCAGCGUCCUCGAAGCUGUACAAGAAUGAUAAUAAUGUCAGAUUUCUGCAGCCCAUCCAGGUUGAAAGGUGGACAGCAUGCACAGUACCAAAAAUGCUGACAUUAAGGAGAAUUUUAAAAGCGAUAUGAUCUGUGUCGUGUUUGUCCUCCUUGUCCCCACUCUCCAGGGUUCGUUUGCACCCUCGCUUUAACUUCAUGACCGGUGGUAAUUGGGGUAUAUCAGGCGCUUGUUCAGGGUGACUCCGAACUACGCUCAACAGCUGUUGUAACCAAGGAUAGGGUCGAAAUUACCGAUCACUAAGGAGCUGAAGGAACACCGUUCCCAUGAUUCUUUUAGCGCGAUCUGGGACGGGAUAUAGCAAAUGAUCUAUUCGUACUCCGUCGACGGCGAGCCUUCCCAGCGCGCAAUAAGCGAAAGUCGUGAUCUUCAGACUCGCUAAGAAUAUUCCCAUGUCUACCCAUACCACGUACAAGUUGGUCUGUUAUUUGCGCUCCUCGUGCUUAUGUUUACCCGCCAAAUACACCCGCGUGCCUUUGUUUCAAUAGUGACAGAUGGGCCAAUUAAUGCAUAAUCUCUUUUUUCUAGCGCAUUGUGUUUUUUUUUUGUUUGUUUGUGUGUGUGUGUGUGUGUGUGUUUAGUUCCUGUUUUGCGGCGCAUUUUGUCAUAAGUGUUUUUGUUUCCCUCACGAACUCGACAGCGAGCGCUGGAGGAGAAAAAGAGUCCAUAAUGGUUGUGCGCUUGCGCCGGCACAACGGGGUGCGCUGCGGGACAUAUUUUGAGUUAGGAGCGAUGCCGAAACUUGCUCAAAAGUAUGGUUCGCGGCGUGAAUUUGAUAAAGGCCGGCAAAAUUAUUUUGGGGAAGGCUUAUUUUGUAACAUAUCUACCCUCUUUAGGCACUUGAAAUGCAGGUUUUCCGGGGUGGGGAGUUUAGUGUCUCUGCUCGGCCCUGUCGGCCACAAAGUGUGUGCCUCCCGAAAUCUCUGACCAGCAGUAACUAUGAUAUUUGUGCACAAAACAAACAAACAAACAAAAAAAAAAUUCUGCAUAAGAAUGAAUUAUUGUACUCUUCGUGGUUUGAAAAGAUUAGUGAAUGAUUAACUGUGGUUUGAAUCCCCGCCUCUGCCGUGCAGACCUCUAGUGGUGGCAGCUAGUUUUUGCAUGCUAUGAAAAUGUGCAAACAAAUAUGAUGUACAGCUCAUUUCCAUGUCUUGAGCCAGGGCCUGUAAUGUCCUGCACUCUUGUGAAACCAGUGAUUUAAAGCGGGCCAGAUUUUUUUUUAUAUCGCACUUUAGUUUUGAUUUUUUUGUUUAACUAUUGCGGAGAUACAUAGUGUCAUACACUUCAAAAGUUUAUCGACAUCAGUGUCGUUUAGAAUCGAUUCCGGUGAAUGCUUGUGUCAUGUCACAGAAUGGUGGUGGAUCACUAUGAUUUUUGUUUCAUUGUUUUAUACACUGCAUUUAUAUGUCCUGCACUGAAUGGUCUGUCCUGUUACAUGAAUGGCAUGCUAGCUUCCCAAGCACUUACAUUCGUUGUGCUGGGUCUGUGCACUUGGAGAAUUUUUGCACGAAUGACUGUAUUUAAGGAAAUGGUUUGGUCUGUUGAACCUUGUAUUGAACAAAGGAACAUGUCCAAGAGGUCUAGUCCAUCAAAAACUAGUCAGCUAAAUUUUUGGGGAAAAAAGGCAGUUUAUUAAUGCGUAUGGAGGGGAAAAGCCGCCUCGGUGGCUCCGAGGAUCCCCAGGCCGCAUGUUUGAAUCCCGGCCAAGGUACCCGCAAUCCGACGGAGGUUCAUUGCAGAGAAGGUCGGGUGUAACCGAGAUUUCGGCUGCACCUCGAAAGAUCCUCGAGUGGUCGAAAUUAAUCCUUAGUCUUCUGCAGGGGCGUCCCAGAUGCCCUUCGUUGGUGUGGCACGUAAGAGCCCCAAAUUCGACCUUUGAUAUCUGGAAACGUGGAACAAUAAAUGUCUUAUGUAAUCAA